AUGGCAGACCCCUCCCAAUUCAGCGAUCCUUUUUGGAGCCCUCUAUCAGAUUCUUCUUCUUAUGAGCUCGCAUCAGCCUCUGUCUCGUACAAAACUUCCUUGUGGAACCUUGUGCGCAAUCGCUUUUCCCGCCUAGCCACACCAGACGUGGCCUCACCCAAAGGCGCGGUCUCGCACACCAACUCCUCUUUGCCAUCUUCGGAUCAAACAGUCGGAGUUAAUUUCAGGAUCGGAGGGCUAGGCACUAUCUCUGUCAAAUCCGAGCUGCCUGAACAGAACCUGACAUUUACCAUCCACUCUGAGAACCCCGACACGCAGCCCACUCUCAAGCUUGAAAUCACCAGAGACGACUGCAUUUUGAAAAAGCGGGAGAAUGACUCUGAUGUGUAUAAGCGCAUUCCUGAAUGUCUUAACCUUGACCCAGAGGAGAGGGACAGGUCCAAGUACUUCAACCAAGUGAUGUUCCCUAAAGGCAAAACAUCUGCUCUUCUCGAUGUGUCGUCAUCGGACAAAACAACCUACUGGAUCUCGGUGGACCGGAGCAAUGCCCGGAUUCGAUAUGGGCAGCAUCUUACCAACAACUCAAUGACAUUCAUGGAGGUUCUAUUUGACCCAGCGAAGGCCGGCUGGAUGGAUCACCUUGCUUCGACGAAGGUAUCCCGGGAUAACAAUUCCCUCCCUUCCAACGACGUUAACUUCAACGAGACGCCAGUGACAACGGAUUUCCCUCCCCUGGUGGUGCCACAGGACCAGAUAACGUUGAAGCAGCUCGAGGAGUCCUCAGCUAUGACCUGGGCCAACCUGCCCGAAGGCUGCCAGAAGCUGUAUCACAACAUUUCUGGUCCCAACAUCACAGUCCAGUCGCCCUCAUUCCCUCAGCUGCCCGAGGCCAUCGAUCAGAGCUGCAGAGACCCCAAUAAGGUGUGCGGUCAGAUUCUGAAAAAGAAGGCGGAGAAGGGUGAGUUUAAGGACCCUCUAGAGACCUAUCUCCGCAUAACUGUCGGUGACAACCUGGCCAACUCCCCCGGCAUUCCUUAUGUGAUGGAAAUCUGGCCCCCCGGCCACUCUUCGCCUAUUCAUCAGCACGGUAACGCCUCGGCCGUCAUCAGGGUCCUGUACGGCAGCAUCGACGUGACGUGGUUUGACGCUCUAAAGACAAACCGCAUGCCCAAAGAGAUCAACAACCCGGUACGUCUAUCAGAGGGCGACAUGACAUGGUUAGGGGAGAAACAGUACCAGAUUCACCAGCUCAAGAACAACUCCGAUAAGGUGUGCAUCACCCUCCAGUGCUACCAGUUUGAGAAGCACGACACCAUCCAUGACGAGGCCUUUCACUGGAUGGAUAAGAACCUUCAGAUCAAAGACUUUAUCCCCAACAGCGAUAUGGCGUAUGGGCUCUUUGUUCAGAAGAUGAAGGAGGAGUGGGAGGCGGAGAAUCCAAAGCGCGCGGAGCACCGUCUCAACUCAACACAUUGGGUAGCAAUUGUGGGUUUUUGCACCAUUGCUUGCCUCUCUUAUGCAAGGUACGGCAGCUAUUUUAAGAAGCUAGUCACGUAA